AGGGAGGCCCUACCUAUCCGAAACCCGGUCGGUUCCCCGCGGAAGAGGGGUGGAGUUUCAACCUUUUAACUCCACCUUGGUCUGUGCAGCGCGGACCAACCCAAAUCGCCAGAAAGGAGGGGCGUGGCUUGAAGUCCCCUCCUCCAUCCCGGGGAUCACGUUUUGCCUGGGGGAGCUGAUCGCAAGACUAGGCAACCUCCAGCCAGUCCCUGGGUCGGGCGGAUCCUCCCAGAGGUGGCACAAUGGAGCGAUCUCCAGGAGAGGGCCCCAGCCCCAGCCCCAUGGACCAGCCCUCUGCUCCCUCCGACCCCACUGACCAGCCCCCCGCUGCUCACGCAAAGCCAGACCCAGGUUCUGGGGGCCAACCUGCUGGCCCUGGCGCGGCGGGUGAGGCCCUGGCGGUGCUGACUUCAUUCGGGAGGCGGUUGCUGGUGCUGAUACCUGUGUAUUUGGCCGGGGCAGUGGGACUCAGCGUGGGUUUCGUGCUCUUCGGCCUCGCCCUCUACCUGGGCUGGCGCCGGGUCCGCGACGAGAAAGAACGGAGCCUUCGAGCAGCGAGGCAGCUACUGGACGACGAGGAGCAGCUCACGGCGAAAACUCUCUAUAUGAGUCAUCGAGAGCUACCUGCCUGGGUCAGCUUCCCAGAUGUGGAAAAGGCUGAAUGGCUCAAUAAGAUUGUGGCCCAGGUCUGGCCCUUCCUGGGCCAGUAUAUGGAGAAGCUUCUGGCUGAAACUGUGGCUCCGGCUGUUAGGGGAUCUAACCCCCAUCUGCAAACAUUUACAUUUACACGAGUGGAACUGGGUGAAAAGCCAUUGCGCAUCAUUGGAGUCAAGGUUCACCCAGGUCAGAGAAAAGAGCAGAUCCUGCUGGACUUGAACAUCAGCUAUGUAGGUGAUGUGCAGAUUGAUGUGGAAGUGAAGAAAUAUUUUUGCAAAGCAGGAGUCAAGGGCAUGCAGCUACAUGGCGUUUUGCGGGUUAUACUGGAGCCACUCAUUGGGGACCUUCCCUUCGUGGGGGCUGUGUCAAUGUUCUUCAUCCGACGCCCGACCCUAGACAUCAACUGGACAGGGAUGACCAACCUGCUGGAUAUCCCAGGACUUAGCUCACUCUCUGACACCAUGAUCAUGGACUCCAUUGCUGCCUUCCUCGUGUUGCCCAACCGAUUACUGGUGCCCCUUGUGCCUGACCUUCAAGAUGUGGCUCAGUUGCGUUCCCCUCUGCCCAGGGGCAUUAUUCGAAUUCACCUGCUGGCUGCUCGAGGGCUGAGUUCCAAGGACAAAUAUGUGAAGGGCCUGAUUGAGGGCAAGUCAGACCCAUAUGCACUUGUGCGUUUGGGUACCCAGACAUUCUGCAGUCGUGUCAUUGAUGAAGAACUCAACCCACAGUGGGGAGAGACUUAUGAGGUGAUGGUACACGAGGUCCCAGGGCAGGAGAUUGAAGUGGAGGUGUUUGACAAGGAUCCAGAUAAAGAUGACUUUCUGGGCAGAAUGAAGCUGGAUGUAGGGAAGGUGUUACAGGCUAGCGUUCUGGAUGAUUGGUUCCCUCUACAAGGUGGGCAAGGCCAAGUUCACUUGAGGCUAGAAUGGCUGUCACUUUUGUCAGAUGCAGAGAAACUGGAGCAGGUUCUACAGUGGAAUCGGGGAGUCUCCUCUCGACCAGAGCCCCCGUCAGCUGCCAUCUUAGUUGUCUACCUGGAUCGGGCCCAGGAUCUUCCUCUGAAGAAGGGGAACAAGGAACCCAACCCUAUGGUACAACUGUCAAUUCAGGAUGUGACUCAGGAGAGCAAGGCUGUCUACAGUACCAACUGCCCAGUGUGGGAGGAAGCGUUCCGGUUCUUCCUACAAGACCCUCAAAGCCAGGAGGUCGAUGUGCAAGUGAAGGAUGAUUCCAGGGCCCUGACUUUAGGAGCACUGACGCUGCCUCUGGCCCGCCUGCUGACUGCCCCAGAACUCAUCCUGGACCAGUGGUUCCAGCUCAGCAGCUCUGGCCCAAACUCCAGACUCUAUAUGAAACUAGUCAUGAGGAUCCUGUACUUGGAUUCAUCAGAAAUAUGCUUCCCCACUGUGCCUGGUUGUCCUGGUGCUUGGGACGUGGACAGUGAGAAUCCCCAGAGAGGCAGCAGUGUGGAUGCCCCACCUCGACCCUGUCACACGACUCCUGAUAGCCAGUUUGGGACCGAGCAUGUGCUUCGGAUCCAUGUAUUAGAGGCCCAGGACCUGAUUGCCAAAGACCGUUUCUUGGGGGGACUGGUGAAGGGCAAGUCAGACCCCUAUGUCAAACUAAAGCUGGCAGGACGAAGCUUCCGGAGCCAUGUUGUUCGGGAAGAUCUCAAUCCCCGCUGGAAUGAGGUUUUUGAGGUGAUCGUCACAUCAGUUCCAGGCCAAGAGCUAGAGGUUGAAGUCUUUGACAAGGACUUGGACAAGGAUGAUUUUCUGGGCAGGUGUAAAGUGCAUCUCACCACAGUCUUAAACAGUGGCUUCCUUGAUGAGUGGCUGACCCUGGAGGAUGUCCCAUCUGGCCGCCUGCACUUGCGCCUGGAGCGUCUCACCCCCCGUCCCACUGCUGCUGAGUUAGAGGAGGUGCUGCAGGUGAAUAGUUUGAUCCAGACUCAGAAGAGUGCGGAGCUGGCCGCGGCCCUGCUAUCCAUCUAUAUGGAGCGGGCAGAGGACCUCCCGCUGCGAAAAGGCACCAAGCACCCCAGCCCUUAUGCUACUCUCACUGUGGGAGAUAGUUCUCAUAAAACCAAGACUAUUUCGCAAACUUCAGCCCCUGUCUGGGAUGAGAGUGCCUCCUUUCUCAUCAGGAAACCACACACUGAGAGCCUAGAGUUGCAGGUUCGGGGUGAGGGCACUGGCGUGCUGGGCUCAUUAUCCCUGCCCCUCUCAGAGCUCCUCGUGGCUGACCAGCUCUGCUUGGACCGCUGGUUUACACUCAGCAGUGGUCAGGGGCAGGUGCUACUGAGAGCACAGCUAGGGAUCCUGGUGUCCCAGCACUCGGGAGUGGAAGCUCAUAGCCACAGCUACAGCCACAGCUCCUCAUCGCUGAGUGAAGAACCAGAGCUCUCGGGGGGACCCCCUCACAUCACCUCCUCAGCCCCAGAGCUCCGGCAGCGCCUAACACAUGUUGACAGUCCCCUUGAGGCUCCAGCCGGGCCUCUGGGCCAGGUGAAACUGACUCUGUGGUACUACAGUGAAGAACGAAAGCUGGUCAGCAUUGUUCAUGGUUGCCGGUCCCUUCGACAGAAUGGACGUGAUCCUCCUGAUCCCUAUGUGUCACUGUUGCUACUGCCAGACAAGAACCGAGGCACCAAGAGGAGGACCUCACAGAAGAAGAGGACCCUGAGUCCUGAAUUUAAUGAACGGUUUGAGUGGGAACUCCCCCUGGAUGAGGCCCAGAGACGAAAGCUGGAUGUCUCUGUCAAGUCUAAUUCCUCCUUCAUGUCAAGAGAGCGUGAGCUGCUGGGGAAGGUGCAGCUGGACCUAGCUGAGACAGACCUUUCCCAGGGUGUAGCCCGGUGGUAUGACCUGAUGGACGACAAGGACAAGGGCAGCUCCUAGGAGCUGGCGAGUCCCAGCCUGACUGCUCUGUCUUCCUGCCUUCGUCUCGCUCCAUCACUGCCUCAAUGUGAUGAGCCUAAAGCUAGGGUCCAAGGGCAGAGCCUGUGCCCUUCAGCCCUUUCACCUAACAGGCCCAUAUUCGGGCCUUUGCCUGACCAAAGAGAAGAACCGUAUGUUCCCUUUACUGCACGGCCUUUAUCCUUCUGGGACCCUGGGGCGGGGACCUGAGCUGGCUGUUUCCUGCUUUGCCUGCACAUUGUUCUCCCUUCCUCCCAACUCCUCAGGGCCUUCUGUAUCUGUGCCUGGCCAGUGGCAGCACUAGCAGUGGUAUUAGCUUAUGCCAAAUACAGCUUUGGAAGGAUCUUUUUUUCUUUAACUAGAUGGUCACCUUCUUCCCUACCACACAUGGGUGGGAAGGUGGACAGGCUAACCUCUCCAGCUGUGAGCCUCUUAGACUACUGCAUGUAGCAAAUGUUCAGCAGCUUAGGCCCCCAUGUCCAGUUCUGUCCCCACUUUCCUCAACCCUGUCCUGAAAAUUCUACUGCUCUGAUGGCUGGGGCCAGUCUCUUGUCACUUUGGAAACUGAGGACACGUGGAUUCUACUCAAGCCUCCAAGUAGUGGCAUAUCAGUCUUGGAGCUCCUAGCUGGUGAUACGGAGAGGGCUUUGGAGGACUUGGGACAGCAGGGCCAAUUUUUUUUUGCCCAAGUGCCUAGGCUGCUAACUCACUGACUAGAACUUAAUCUGGUACUUUUCAGUUUUGCACCAACUCUGCCAAGCCACUGGAUCUUACAUUAAACAUCAUACUCAAACCA